UGAAAGUUUGACGCAUCGUCGUCUCGAUCGUCUUUGCAGUAUCUUCUUGACUUACUGGUAAGAAUGUCGGGAAAGUCAAUUUUUGACAGUUUCAGUAGUGAUGUAGAAAAUCCUUUAAAAAUUACUUACUCCAAGGUCAGUCAUAUUUUUCAUGACUUAAUAACGUACGAUGAAGUUAAAAACCUAGUGAAAAGGGCAGUUUCAUUAGACGCUAAACUUGUCAAUUAUCAUUUACGUCAUUACUCGGAGGAAAAGAUUGGAUUUCUCGGCUCACAUUUAUGUCUUGUCGUAAAUUACCGAAGAUGCGGUCAUCACGAGAAUGAAAUGCGAAGUUUUUUUCUUAAAACAUUACCAUUUGAUGUUCCUUCGCAGGCCGCUUACAUUCAAGAAGCAGGAUACUUUCAAAAGGAAACAGAAUGUUUUAGACUUCUAAUACCACUCAUGAUAAAUAAUUAUAAAGGGAAAAGUUGGGCACCGAAAUGUUACAUAAUAAAGGAUUAUGUUUUAGUUUUUGAAGAUUUGAAAAUUAAUGGCUUCUCAAAUCAAUCAAGAAUUUUUAACGAAAAAACCGUUAAAGCAGCUUUGGCAUGUAUUGCUCGGUUUCAUGCUUCCUCUUUGCUCACUGAGGAACAUACUCAAGGUAAAUCACUUAAGGACUUAUUUCCAACUUUAUUGAAGGAGUCGCAAUUUAAGCGGAUUGGUUUGAGUUACACAUGGUACUCAGUAGCCAUCAAUUUAGCAGUUGCCAUUGCAGACGAGCUGGGUCUUGACUCAAGCAACAUCAGACAAGCGAGUGAGCGAAUUUUUGACAUAGGCGAACCCUCACAAACGAAACGCAACGUUGUAAGCCACGGAGACCUUUGGAGCAACAACAUGGUAUUCGAUGACAAUGGCCGAUGCAAUCUUGUUGAUUUCCAAUUGAUUCGCUACUCACCUCUGGCUCAUGAUGUUAUGCAACUUUUAUACCUAUGCACCUCCAAGGAAUUUAGACGAAAAAACGAACGUCGGAUGAUUGAAUAUUACUACGGAAUUCUCACAGAUACGCUAAGACUGAAUAAUUUCAAAGGCAACAUGAUUAGUUUGGAAGAAGUGGUACAAGGCGCCGAGGAGCAAAGAUUCGCCGCUCUCGUCACUGCUGUUAUUUUUCAUCCUACGGUGCUUAUGGACGGUAAAACUGCGGGAAAUAUCAUGAAUGACACAGCCGCUUACGAAUCCUAUUAUUUCAAAAAUAGGAAACCUUUUGUAGAUGAGAUUAUGGCUAAUAAUGAUGAUUACCGUGACAGACUCAUUGAAGAUGUAAAUGAACUUGUUGAAUUAUCUUUGAAAGUUGACAAUUUACCGAGACCAACAUGAUGAAUUAAUUAGAAUUGAUAAGAUUACAAUACAUUAGCUUUUUAAACAGUACUUUACAAAUGAAAAUAUUAAGUUUAUAAUUUGUGUAUUUUUACGCUGAUUUUAUAAUUUGAAGCUUUAUCAUUUUUUAAAUUAUUUAGGUUUCAAAAUUUCCAAUCCUGUGAACAAGAGUUGUAUAUUCCUCUGUAGACAUGGUAUAAUCACCCCCUGGCUACUUACAGAACUGCGUGAUAUAAACCUGAAAAACAAAUAUUUACUCUAACCAAUAAGUAUAAACAGUUAUCACGAUUCUGUUCAAUAAACGAAAAAUAAAUAGCGAUUUCCUACUAUAAUUCGGUCACGUUUUUUCAAAUUUUUAAUUUGAGAAUACACUCCUAAUUCUUUUAUAUUUUUAUAUGUUAUGAGUUCAGGAACCUAAAAAAAAUAUACCCCUUUUCAGAAAUGCCU